AUGGAUUCGCUCAUAGACCUCUCCGACCCGUCCAAAGCGUUGGAUCUGGCGCGCAUCCGCUACCAGUUAAUCCGGCUGGAGGACACCAUCACCUUCCAUCUCAUUGAGCGUGUGCAGUUCCCGCUCAACCAGAAUAUCUACAUCCCUGGCGCCGUGCCAAUUCCGGAUAGCAACCUGAGCUUCAUGGACUGGUAUCUGAGGGAACAGGAGAAGCUGCAGUCGCUGAUCCGUCGUUACGAGUCGCCCGACGAGUUCCCUUUCUUCCCGGACGCCGUGCAGAAGCCCAUCCUGCCGUCGCUCCACUACCCGCGUAUCCUGCACCCUAACAGCAUCAACGUCAACGACAAGAUCAAAAAAUUCUACAUCGAGCAGUUCCUGCCCAGCGUGUGCCCCGAUUAUGGGCACGGAGACCGCGGUGUCUCGCAGGAGAACUACGGCUCAUCGGCCACGUGCGAUAUCGCCUGCCUGCAGGCCCUGUCGCGCCGCAUCCACUUCGGCAAGUUUGUCGCCGAGUCCAAGUUCCAGUCGGAUCCGGAGAAGUUUACCCGCCUGAUCCGCGCCGGCGACCGCGAGGGCAUCGCCGAUGCCAUCACCAACAAGGAGGUCGAGAAGAAAGUACUGGAAAGACUACGACUCAAGGUGCAGACGUAUGGCACAGAUCCGUCGCUGGGACCGAACGCCUGGAACCAGGGCAAGAUCAACGUGGAUGCCGUCGUGUCUAUGUAUGAGAACUUUGUCAUUCCCCUGACAAAAGAGGUCGAGGUCGAGUACCUUAUGCAGAGGCUGGACCCCGUGCCGAACCAAUGA